GCUUUCAGGAUCGACUCGGUUGCGGGGAUAAUUAUCAUUCUUGAGCUCGAAUUGCGGCAUAGCACCAACAUUGACGAAUCAAAGUCCAUUGGCGGGACCGCAUUUCGGGCACGGCACUGCACAAGUGGAACCUGAAUCAAUUAUUCUCCUUGUGCAAGAUGGAGACUCUUUAUUUUUUGGCCUCUUGCUUUCCAUCCAUGGAUGACUUUAACUUUGCGCAAAGCUGAGGAGAUUCUGUGCUAAGAUGGCUCCCUAUGUCAAAACUCUCGAGUUGCCAAGAGACAGAGAGGCGAGCGAUGCGGGGCUUGUCUCUACCCCACCAUUACACCGGCCAAACAUACUCUCUCGUGUAAUAUCAGGAGUAUCUCGUGUAGACGAGACUGAUGCUACUGAGAGGUAUAACCUAGAAGAAGCCGACAACAAAGAAAUAGCUUCCCCAGGAUCGAGUUCGUCAAGCGUCACUUCACCAGAACGCAAAGUUAUCUCUUGGGAUCAUGAAGAUCCAGAAAAUCCCUACAAUUUUUCAUCGGCGAAAAAAGCUACGAUAGUCUUCAUCGGAAUGGUUGUCGUGGUUAACAGUACCAUGGGAUCGUCCCUACCAUCGAAUGCCAUUCCCAUUAUCAGCGAAUACUUCCACCUCGCAUCAUCUUACACCGAAGUCCUACCAAUUUCCAUGUAUCUUGUUGGCUAUGUCUUGGGACCUCUCCUAUUCGGGCCGCUCUCCGAAUCCUUUGGAAGACGAAUCAUCAUGACUUCGACCUUCUUCACUUUUACCGUUUGGACACUUGCUUGCGCGUUAGCUCCAAACUUUCCGGCAUUUCUGAUUUUCAGAGUCCUUACUGGGAUUAGUGCAAGUAGUCCCAUUACUGUAAUCGGUGGCGUGUACGCAGAUAUAUACAAUGACCCUGUCACAAGAGGUCGUGCAAUGGCUGUUUUCAUGGGUGGAACAUGCGUGGGACCAUUGCUCGCACCACUGAUCUCUGGGUUUGUUGCCCCUGCACUUGGGUGGCGCUGGGUAUUCUGGAUAGGCCUCAUUGUCGCCGGCGCAUCAUGGAUCCCAAUGAUCUUCCUUCCAGAGACAUAUGGCCCAACUCUUCUAGCCAAACGAGCAGCCCGUCUUCGAAAAACGACUGGGAAUCAAAAUAUCUUCGCACCCAUCGAACUCGAGAAGAAGGGCGUCAAGCAAAUGGUAACUGUCACUCUUACCCGACCUCUUCGGAUGCUGUUCUUCGAGCUGAUCGUUUCGGCUACGUGUAUCUACCUCUCACUUGCUUAUGGCAUAUUUUACAUAUUCUUCUCAGCAUUUCCAAUCGUCUUCCAGGGCAUUUAUGGUCAGUCUCUCGGGGUUUCAGGUCUCAUGUUCCUACCGAUUGGUGUUGGAGCUUUCGCAUCCAUUGCCGUGUUCCUCUGGUACGAUGCCUUUCUUCGGAAAGCACAAGCUCUCCAUAAACCGUGGACAUUGAAAGAGGAGUCAAGACGCCUACCGCUUGCUUGUAUCGGAGGACCUAUGAUCGUUCUGGCCCUCUUUUGGCUCGGCUGGACUUCCAGGACAUCGAUUCCAUUUGUGGUGCCCAUGCUUGCAGGCAUCCCCUUCGGCAUUGGAUUUAUACUGAUUUUCAUGGCAUUGUUGAACUAUCUUACGGAUGCGUAUGAAAUCUUCGCAGCGAGUGCGAUGGCAGCGGCGAGUUGCACUAGAAGCUUGGCUGGUGCUGUACUACCCUUUGCUGCUGCGCCAAUGUAUGACAAGCUGGGCGUUGCUUGGGCGAGUAGCCUAUUGGGUUUUUUGAGCAUGGGUAUGUGCGUCAUACCAUUUCUGUUUCUAUGGAAGGGGGACAGAAUCCGUGAAGGGAGCAAAUUCUGUCGUUAUCUGAAGGAGAAGAAGGCGAAGGAGCUGGCAGAAUUGGAGCGGGAUAGACAAAGGAGAUUAAGACUGAACGAGCUAAAUCAUGGUGGGAAUGAUGUGGUUUCGGAGAAGGUUUGAAGCAUAUUGAGAUACUGGGAUAUAUGCAUAGCGAGCUUUGGGUUGCAUCAUCAACGAGGCUUAAAGGACAGGAUAUUGUCGAUAGCUAAAGAUCAUAUAUACAAUUAUA